AUGCUUCAAAGACGAGAAAUGUUGCUACACACAAGUUUGAAAGUGAAACGCAAGAGUUUCACGUCUGUUGCUCGAAGUUUUGCUACUGUUUCCCCAGAAGCACUUCAUAUAGGUGAUUAUACAACGGCGAAUAACCCGGAAGAGAAGGAGGCAUUGACAUUGAUGAAGGAAGUCAAGGCAGUAACUGCGACAGUUCCAGCUUCGGGUGCCUCUCAUACAGUCAUGAGGAAUGAGAUUCGUGGUCUGAUGAUAGACCAAGGCUCGCCAAGUUUCUACGUUACAAUCAAUCCCACUGACAUCUAUAAUCCAGUGGUCAGUCUUCUGGCCGGUGGAGAUCUUCUGAAACAUAGGGACCAAACUAUUCUUGUAGGCAAGAAUCCCAGUGUCGCAGCGAGGUUUUUUAAAUGUUAUAUGAAAGCCUUCAUAAAAUGUAUAUUAGGUUAUGAUCCAAAAUGA